AUGUCUCUCAACAAGCCAACAAUCUGUGUGCUCGGAUGCGGAACCAUGGGAAUCGCAAUCAUCAGAGGGACACUCGACUCCAUGACAGCCUCAACCUCUGUCCAGUCCUCACCCAAGAUCUCCCAUGCCACUACUGCAACUUCAACAACAGCAGUUGAGAGUGAGAAAGAGGAUGACUUGCUCCGCCCAGCUGGGUUUAUUGCCUGUGUGAGCCAACAAGAGUCGGCUGCCAAACUCAAGAAGACCCUUGGAGACCUAGUCAAGGUCCUUCAUGGAAUUGCAGGAAACGUCCAAGGUGUCAGCGAAGCCGAUGUCAUUUUUCUCUGCACGAAACCCCAGGUGGCCAAAGCAGUACUUUCAGCACCCGGGAUCCAGGAGGCAUUGAAAGACAAGCUUCUGGUCAGUAUUUGUGCCGGAGUUACGAUUGAGCAGCUCCAGGCCUGGACCACCCCCACCACCACCGUCAUCCGCGCCAUGCCCAACACCCCCUGCAAGAUUCGGGAAGGAAUGACCGUGCUGUCGUGUGGACCCAACACGGACGAGCAGUCGAUGCGCUUUACCUCCAACAUCUUCUCGACCCUUGGACGGUGCAGGAUUCUGGAUGAGAAGCAUCUCGAUGCUGUCACCGCCCUUGCCGGCAGUGGACCCGCGUUCGCCUGUGUGAUGCUGGAGGCAUUAGCUGAUGGUGGAGUAAUGAUGGGUCUUCCCCGUGAUGUUGCUACAGAGCUCGCUGCCCAAGUUCUUCAAGGUGCAGCAAGGAUGGUGUUGACGACAGGAGCUCACCCUGCAGCGAUCAAGGAUUCUGUAACAACCCCUGGAGGAUGCACGAUUGCAGGACUGUUGACGAUGGAGGACGGCAAGAUCCGGUCGACCCUUGCACGUACUAUCCAGGAGGCUGCUACCGUCGCUUCUACUCUUGGACGGGACAAGAAGUAA